UUUUUGCUAACAAUGUUCUCGAAAAAAUGUCUGACUUUACUGUCGGUGUUGUGUAUAGCUAUUGCAGUGUUCGCGGACGAAGAAAUACCCGAAUCUAAGUCAAAAAGUGAAUACAAAAAAUCUUUGUCAAGAGAUUGUGCAACCAGUUAUUCGACAACAUGUUUAAAAUUGGACAUAGUGUCUUGGGUCGAUAAGUUAAAUGAGGAAAAUAAUUAUAGUGUUCUACCGGGAGUUUCGGUGAUAAAGGAAGAGCAAAGUGACAAAAGUUCGACGGCAGAUAUGGUAUCUGAACUAGCACGAGAUUUUCCCAAUGAUCCCGACGCCCGACUAGACGCGUUCCUGUUGAAAAAAGUGACUUCUUAUCUAAACAGUCAUUCCUUACGGCUUAAUUUGAUUAACAAAGACACUGUUGAGUCCGCAAGAGGAGGUGGUGGUGGCGGCGGCGGAGGCGGUGGUGGAGGUGGUAAAAAAGGAGGCGGCGGAGGUGGCGGCAUGGGAAUGAUGGUAGCUGCUGGAGCAAUGUUGAAAGGAACACUACUCGCAUUGGCUUUGGGAGGUAUAGCGGCAAUUGCAGGAAAAGCAUUGAUGACUGGUCUGAUCUCGCUUCUUCUUUCUGUUAUAAUUGGACUGAAAGCUAUUACACACAACCAAAAAGCUACCACGUACGAGAUAGUAUCAAAGCCUGUCUAUAGCCACUCUAGCUCACACUCGGUAGGACAUGAAGAACAUCAUCCCAGUUAUGGACAUUCUUCCUACGGAAGAAGUUAAGAAGUUUUGACAUGCCCCUACCUUUGGGAUUGCAACCUGGCUACAAACCAGCAUAAUAGAUACCAAAAUAGUCUGUUUUAAUUUAUUGUUUAUUUAUUAUUAUUUAUUUGUGUUUAAUA